AUGUAUUCAGACUCAAGAUUACCCGGCACGGCAAGGCUCUGCCAACUCUCAGUUCUCCUCUUGGCAACGGCUUCAACGGCUUCCGGCUAUGUAGACCCUGCUGGGCCAGUUAUUACCUCACCUCCUGACGUGGGGGUUGUAUACCUGAGAGACGGAACUCAAGAUGUGAGUUUCUGGGGUUAUAUAUCUGAGAGCGAAACCUACAACAGGCACUGCCGUUCGUCCAACUUCUUCCGUGUCUUCAGUCUCGGCUUCAUCAAGGGCGUCUUCAUCCUUGACAAGCUCAUCGACAUUUUCCUCCUCAAGAAGUUCGACGUCUUCAUCUUCUACAUCUUCGUCGAGUAA